AUGAAGAGAAGUUAUCCUUCUGGAAGCGAUAAACGAAAGCGCAAAAAAGAGGAAGACGAGAAAAGAAAGCAUGAUAGCGGAUUGCUAAGAAAAUGUUUAGUUCCCUCAUCUUCUUCAAAUCAGGAACAUGCUUCUAGUUCUCAGUCUGCCGCUACACACACUACUACAGCCCCAAGUACUGCCACGCCAAGGUUUACUGCCCCCUCUACAGCCCUGGACAGCAGCGCUUCCUCCAGUGAGCAGCAGUCAGCUAUAUCCCAUACUGCAAUGGUCAACAUUUCGUCGCCUACCUCCAUUGACCAAGAGGACCAAACAGAACCACAAGCACCCACUCCAGCUCAAACGACAUCCACAGCCCAAGAAAAAGCAACACCAAUAAGAUUGACAUCUUCUGAUCCUGGACAGUGGCCUGAUGUUCUUAAUGAUGGUGAAAAGAGUUCCCUGGUGAAAAAAGGUCCUCUUCAGGCGCGCUUGUCUCUCGGGUCGGGGGCUGUCUCGGUCGCUGUCAGCUUGUGGCUCGGUCGAUCUCCGUUGCUGGCUCUGAUGCGGCUCGCUGUGAGCGCUGGUCUCUGUCGUUCCGGUCGCUCGGUCUCGGGGCGAUGGGCCCUGCCCGCGGCGGGCGGGCUAUGUGAAGCGGGGCCUGCUGGCGCUGGCUCGCCCGGCGGCGCCGCGGGCCCGCUGGCGCGCAUGCCGCGGAUCCUGGCGCGCUGGCGCGGGCGCUGCGGCUGGCGCGGGCCGAGCUGGCGCGUCGGUUGGCUAUCGAAGGUGCAGCAGGGAGACCCACCCGACCAGAGCGCCUGA